CAUUCAGGUAUUUUUAUCUGUUUGCAUUAUAUCGGUACUACAAACACUACUGAUAAAAAUUCAAGUACAUAUUCGUGUCAUUCCUAUAAUAAUCAAUUAACGUUUUAUUUUUAGAAUACACGGUAAUAGUACCACAUAUAGUAAAUUGGUUCCGGUUGUAGACACCGGCCAGUACCACCACACACCAAUUAAGUAUUCAAAUAUUUUUGUCAUUAAUGAAUAUGAUUUCGACAUUAUGUGACGAGGAUAUUUUAUAUGUUUGAAAUGAUUAUUAUGGACCCUAAACCCACUAUAGUAAUUGAUUUGGGUUCGGGUAGUACCAAAGCGGGCCUGGCAGAUAACGAGUACCCAACUUGUACAAUCCCUUCAGCAGAUGAAGCUUUAAAGUUUCCAAUCGAACAUGGUAUUAUACAAGAUUUUGACCAAGUUGAGAAGCUUUUGGAGCGUGUUUUUGUUAAGGAGUUGCAAUUGAAGCCUGAAGAGCAUCCGAUAUUGUUGACGCAACCUCCUAAAAAUCCUCAAAAAGAUAAGGAAAAGCUUGCGGAAAUUUUGUUUGAAAAAUUCAAUGUUCCAGCUUUGUAUGAGGAAGUGCAUUCUGUGCUUACUUUUUACGCUUCAGGAAGAUCAGCAGGCGUUAUAGUAGAAAGCGGCCACGGAGUUACAAGUGUAGUACCAAUACUAAGCGGUUACGCCAUUUCCGAAGCAAUUCUAAGACUUGACAUUGGAGGCAAGGACCUAAAUCAGUACCUCAUUGACCAACUAGCAAAUGGCCCAUCUAAUGAAUUAAUCAGUCUGCAAGAAGCUCAAAUACUGAAAGAAAAAUUAUGCUUUAUACCUGAAACAAAUAGUACCAGUACUAGUGCAGAAUGUUAUACUUUACCUGAUGGAAGAAAUAUUAAUUUAGAUUCACCUGGCCAAAUUACAGAUCCACUUUUCAAUCCGGCCUUGGUUGGUCAAUACGACACUUACGGGUUGCACGAAAUGAUUUUUCAUUCAAUAUUCAAGUGUGGUUUUGAUUUGAGGCGAGAAUUUGCUAGUAAUAUUGUACUUUCUGGAGGCAAUACUUUGUUUAGAGGUUUGGAGACUAGAUUGAGGCAGGAGUUGGAAAGUCGGGUACCACCUAGCAUGAAAGUGAACAUAAUUGCAGAUUCAGAUAGGGAAAUUUUCGUUUGGAGAGGUGGUUCGAUUGUAGGGGGUUUGAGUAGUUUUUAUAAGAAUAUUUGUGUUUUGAGGCAAGAGUAUGAGGAGUUUGGGGCUGUGGUUGUUAGGAAAAAGUGUAUGAAUGGUUUGUAGGGGGUUGCCAUUAAGAUUUUGUUAAGGUAUUUUAUAUUUUAUUAUUAUUGUUUUUUGUACUAUAAAAGAUUUAUGCGUGAGUGGCCUAGUCAGUGUAAUUAUUUUUUUAGUUUUUAUUGUAAAUACAUUAUUAUUAUUUUAAUUAAAUUACUGUUUUACUUUCCCAAUUUUCCUCAAUUAUCUUGAUAUAAAUAUUGGUCACGG